CUGCGAGCCACGGUAUCAGCGCCGGCCGCAGUUCCUUGUGCUCGGCGUGGUAUCAAAGUCCCUGGGUAUCAAAUCGGUCCAGCCGCUCCUUGUCGUUGCUGAAUCUGCCGAGUGACCAGAGGUUACGGCCAGCCCGGAAGACUCGCAUCUCGAGUGGAGCUUCGUCCAGGCCUCCUCUGCCCACCCGUUGCUCCAAACGGAUGGUUGCCAUCUCCAUCGAAACACCCGCCCUUCCCGCCGCACCUUCCGCUCUCCCAAAGCCAUGAGCCAAUCUCGACACAUCCCGUCUGUCCCCAGCGGCGUCGUGGAAAAUUAUGUCACCCACAGACGGGCGAUAGAAGUCGACAGCGACGAGAUGAAGCAGCUCACCAUCGUGCUCCUUGGCGAAAUCGACGCCGGCAAGUCGACUUUUGUCAACGCCGCCGCCAACUAUCUGGCGUACGAGGAACUCGAGCAGGCAGAGCUCGACGAGCCUCUGACGCUCGUUCCAGCGGCAUUCGGCUACUAUGACCCUGACGUCGGAGAAGUCCUCCCGGUUCGAUCGAGACAGCUUGCGCUGUACAACAGAGGCGAUGGCGCUGCCUACAAGAAUGAGAUCCAAGUGAGCGGCCAUAAAACCACCCAGAGCCCGCGAACAUACGUGCAACAGGCCCGGCUGCCGUCUGGUCAGGCCAUCCAAGUCAAGCUGAUCGACACCCCGGGGAUGGGCGACGCCCGUGGCCCACAGCAAGAUCGAGCGACAAUGUGCCAAAUCAUCAGCUAUCUCUCCAACUAUCCAAAGAUCGACUGCUUUAUGUUUCUGGUAAAGUCCAGCAACAGCCGCCCUGGGACCUGGUUCCUCCCGUGCCUCAAAGAUCUCCUCAAGCGGUUUCCCGACACCAAGGCCGCAGACAUCGCAUUCGUGUUCACCCAUGCCCGCACCACGCUUUUCCGUCCGGGAGAUACCAUGAAGAUGCUCAAGGCGCUGCUGGAUCAUAGCAGGCGCAACGGCCCAAUGGACAUAUCCAUCAGCAGCGAGAACCUCCUCAUGGUCGACAACGAAGCAUACCUCUAUCUGCUUGCUCGGGAGCAGACCCUCUUCUCUGCAAACGAUGAGGAGAACUUUGAGGCAUCAUGGGACCGCUCCUCCGAAAGCUGGUACCGGCUGCUGACUCGGCUCGCUGGCAUCCCCUGGGAUCCGCAGCUGAGACUCCCUGCCCGCAAAAAGGCCCGCCAGGCUGUCCUCAAUCUCCACAAGUCGCUCGUUGAUACGGCCCUAUCGACCGUGUCCGACGUGGGGUCGCUGAACAGCCAAAUAUCUGCCCUGGACUCAAAGCAAGUUGAUGUCGCAGAGCUGCAGAAGUCGCUCAAGAUGGUGGUUUCGCGACCUGUUCGAAGCCGGCUCCUGUUUCCAGUGAUGGUGUGCACCCAUCCAGACUGCGUUAGGAGCAUACGAAGUGGGAGCGGGGAAUGCAUCCCAACCUACGUGGCCCGAUGCCAAGAGCCCUGCUAUCUUGCAAACACCUCGGAUUCCCGUGUUGAAGACCAGAUACGAAAGUGCCCAUCGAUGCGUCGAGGAUCCUGCCGUAAAUGUCACCAUCGAUAUACCUUCCACAAGCCAUUUGACUCGGAGGUCGAGCACCGGCAGUUUGAGACCGAGGAUCCCAAGGUCCAAAGCCAAAUCGAGGCAGCAGAGUCCAGCAAUGCCGAUAUGCGGCGAAAAAUAGGCGCACUGCAAGAGGCAGUCGACGACCUUGAAUCCGAGCAGCGAGAGAUCAUGAAGACGUUGGCCUGGCUUGCGACGUUCGUGCAAAAAGGCCACGAUCGACUGCAGAACGACGUUUUCAAAGAGUCCAUCGACCGCCAUAUACGAGAUGCACAAGAAACCUUGUCUAGUCAAGCUCCUGGCUUGUAUCAUGACGGCAGCAUGCUCACUAUGCUCCUGGGCUUGAGAGAGUUCUAUGAGCAUGAAAAGUCGAUACUCUCUGAGGGCAUAUCGAACCGCUCACGAGCAAGCCUAACAGUGAAUGACAUUUUGGAUCGCAUGAAUCGGCUCUUUGCACUUGAGCGCACAGGAAGCGCAUUCAAAGCCCUGGCGCAUCAGUCUAUACUGGCAUACUCAAAGUGAAUAUGUAACUGACAUUGGCCCAAUACACGGAGCGCUAUGCCCCUGCCUCUCGA